AUGGCUGGUAUUCGAAUGAAUAAGAGUUUCGGAUCUCUCAUCGUUGGCGCUGGUGGAUUCGAGAACCUCCCAUUUUUAGAAAAGGAUUGUCGUAAUUAUAUCGACAAGGCAAGACAUCUAAGGCUUGGUAAAGGUGGUGCAGGAGCGCUUCAAGAGUAUUUUUGUAGGAUGCAGUACAAAAAUCCUGGUUUCUUUGCACUAAUGGAUUUGGAUGAUAAGGGGAGGGAAGUUCAGAUGCAACUUACCGACAUUAUUGAUUUGGAUCCAGAGUUACUUAAAAGGGAUGGUGCAGUAAAGACCUAUCUGGUAGAGGACGAAGUUCGUGUGGAAGAGUUCAGUAAGUUGGUUACGUUUUCUAUGGACUUCAAUGAUGAAGAUGCAGAUGUUAAGUGUUCAUGUGGUUUAUUUCAGAUGAGGGGUAUACUGUGUCGGCACAUUCUUGCUGUAUUUAAGUGUAACGGGAGAAAAUCCCUACCAGAGAAGUACAUUUUAGACAGAUGGAGGAAGGAUAUCAAAAGGAGAUACACGUUAAUCGAUAGCAGCUAUGAUGCAGGGGAUCAGCGGCCAGAUGCUUGCAGAUAUUCUAGUCUAUUAAAAGUCUGUUAUCAAAUGAUUACUUAUGCAGCGGGUUCAAAAAAACAUACUGAGGAUGCCACACAUAAGUUACAUGCAAUGAUUGAAUUAUAUAGUGAGAAUCAAGAACCUCCAUCAAUUACCCUCACUGGUUCUAAUGUUGGUUGUACUCAAAAUGACACAAUCACUUUGGGUAGUUCAAAACAAGUACUCAAUCCAUUAGUUGUCAGAGGGAAAGGCAGACCCCCAUCUCUUCGGAGAGCAUCCAGAAUGGAGAAAGAGAUGCGGAAACUUAAAGGAAAGACAAAGAAAGCACCAGUAAACCGGAAACGUAAACAGCUUGUUCAAAACAAAUCAGCUAUUGUCAUUGAUGGAACCCAAAUUGGACGAACAGUGCAAUUUGGGUUGGAUGGAUCACAACCUGAACAACUUGGAUUGGAUGAUUCACAAUUGGAAACAUUGGGGUUUAUUGGUAGAAACAUUGGUGAAGGAUUUUCAAGAGCUGAAACACUAUGA